AUGACGCUAGUACAUACGCUCGGGGUCGCUUGCAUGGAACCGCCACCGCGCAUCACUGACAUCGUCGGAUAUCUGGACGAUCUAAGAUGGAUGUUUCGUACUGCGGGGAUCAACAUGAGGCCGCCAUUGUCUACGAGAGCGGUCCUCGGUGGAACGGCCGAGCUGCCAUGCGAUAUUCGUCCACCUCAUCACAACGAUUCCGCUAUCUUGAUCAUCUGGUACAAGAAUGACGUCAACCCGAUCUACAGUUAUGAUCUGCGUGGCAAGCAUUCGGAAAAACCGUUGCACUGGCACGAGAAAGAAUAUCUCGGCGACCGGGCAUUAUUCCGGACAACAACAGAACCAGCAACUUUGAGCAUUAACCACGUACAGGAGCAGGACGAAGGGGACUACAGGUGUCGAGUGGACUUCACCACAAAUCCGACUAGAAACUCCAGAAUUCAAAUGACGGUGAUAGUACCGCCGCAGAAGCCGAACAUUAUCGACGAGCGCGGUAAGACCGUCCCAGCGGUGGCCGGCCCUUACGAAGAAGGUGGUGACAUGAGACUGCAGUGCCUCGUCUCCGGGGGUCGCCCCGAGCCUAAAGUAAGAUGGUGGCGCGGAGAAACGCUUUUAGACUCCAAGGACGAGCCAGGCGAGUUUCCCGCUCUUCGUAGAAACACACUGGUCGUCAGAGAAUUAUCAAGGGCAGAUCUUCACGCAGUGUUCGAUUGUCAAGCGUCCAACAACAAUAUCAGUCAACCCGUGUCGACGUCGGUAGCGAUUGAAAUGCAUCUGAGGCCACUGAGUGUGACGAUACUCAGCAGCGACCACGCGCCCCUCAGCGCCAAUCGAAAGUACGACAUUAAUUGCAUAACAGUGGGCUCAAGGCCGCCGGCCAGGCUGUCCUGGUGGAUGGACGGCCAGCAGCUUCCCAAUCACACGGACAAGGUGUCACCGGAUGGUAACAUGACGAGUUCCACCCUGACGUUUCAGCCUGUUCUAUCAGAUAACAAUAAAGUUAUCACGUGCAGGGCUAAAAAUUCCAAGGUCCAACGUGGCGAAUUGGAGCAUUCGUGGGCUCUGAACGUUUUUUUUGUCCCAAUUUUGCGCCUGCAGCUCGGUUCGAACAUGAACCCGGAUGACAUCGAGGAAGGCGACGAUGUGUACUUCGAGUGUAAAGUUCAAGCGAAUCCGGAUGCCUACAAAGUCGUGUGGAAGCACAAUGGAAACGUGAUUCAGAAUAACGCGAAGAACGGCGUGAUAGUCCAGCAAUACGGUUUGGCUCUCAGAGAGGUGAAUCGGUCCCAGGCCGGAAAUUACACCUGCGUCGCCAGCAACGUCGAAGGCGACGGCUACAGCAAUGUCGUGGAGCUUAAGAUCAUGUACAAACCGAUCUGCGUGCCGGAUCAGAAGCGCAUCUACGGGGUGGCGAGACACGAGGACGCGCGGGUGAUAUGCAGGGUCGAGGCAUAUCCGCCGCCGGAGAGCUUCCGCUGGACCUUUAACAAUACCGAGGAGAUGGAGGACGUACCGCAGGCGCGUUACAAGAACUCGACCAGACAUACCCAGAGCAUCCUCACAUACCGGCCGGUCACGGAAAUGGACUACGGCACCGUGCUCUGCUGGGCGAGCAACACGGCCGGCCAGCAGAAGAAUGCCUGCAUAUUUCACAUUAUUCCUGCGGGCAAACCGGAAGCGCCGUACAACUGCACGCUGACCAACCAGACCACCGAAUCACUCUCGGUGGAAUGCACCGCCGGUUUCGACGGUGGUCAGCCUCAACACUUCCUCCUUGAAGUGUUCGAUCAGCACACGGGGAUCCUGCAGGCCAACGUCACGUCCAGAGAGAAUGCGGCUUUCACCGUGCAGGGCCUCGAGCCGGGCAAGGUGCUGAAUAUGAUCAUGUACGCGGUGAACGCGAAGGGCAGAAGCGACCCGGCGCUGCUGGAGGGUUUCACGCUCAAAGUCGCCGAGAAGCAGACUGGUACUCCGGUACCCUUCGAGUUUACCCCGUUACUCGGCAGCCUGAUCGGCGUGGUCGCCGCGCUCCUGCUCAUCACUGUCGCCAUCCUAGCGGCACUGAAAAUGAGGAGCGAGAGGCGGGCUCAAAGGCCGGGCGAUUUACCGCUAAAGAAGGCCACCGCACCGAGUUCCGAGGACCUUUACGAUGCGGACGACAGAAAUCCGGACGUUGUGCCGACCAACAAAGAUUCAGAUUAUCAACUGACCGGCUCGACUUCCGGCACACCGCUGGCAACGCAAAACACACCGGAUGGCCUUCCACCGUCGUCCCUUCCGAACCAGCAGACGAAUAAUCACCUGCAAGGACUUCCCGCCUAUUCGCACAACGACUAUAACAAUUAUCCAACCUUGCCGUUAUCCGGAGAGGUGACGUACGCCGAGCUGUGCCUAGCGAGACCCACCACCCUAUCGACCCUGGCGACCGACGCCAAACUAGCCAGCCUCGGUGGCGGAGUCGGCGGUCUGGGUGGCCUUCCGGGUUACGGCAGCGGUCUCGGGGUGAUCGUGGGCGGCAAGCCGUACACGAAGGAAGCCACAGUCUACGCCUGCAUCGACCACAACGCCAGGCCGCCGAAGCUGGACGUUUCCAACGCGCCGUCGUGCGCGACCACCCCCCUGUCGACGGCGAAUGUACUCCAGGAUUCCACCGUCGCCACCGUGAUGAGCGGCGGCGGCGGCGGCGGCAAGCAGCACCACCCGGCGAGAGAGGUCGUCACCGUCCGCACGCCCUUGAUCUCGACUCAGGAGAGCUGCGUAUAGGGACGCGACUCCGACGCGCUCAACGUCAACGAGUACUACGUCUGAUAUGGCCGCUGGCUCGUGGCGAUCGUGCGCGUCUUCGUGGUGAGCGACCUCUCGUUUCCUGGACACGCGGUGCUUCUUUCUCCGGUAACGUCCUCGAAUUCUCGGGAAAAGGUAUACCUAAUGUGAAUUAUGAGUUUCGUCCGGAUGCGCGAGGCAAUCGCGCGCGCGCGCGCGCGCACGUCGAGCGACGUGAUCGCUCGCUUUUCAGACACUUCGAACUUUCUGCCCGACGCACGACCGCCGCCUCCCCCCCGUGUUGGCGCGGGGUGCUCGUGUCUGAAACGGACAAACUUCUCGGAUCGUGACCGACGACGCCGUACAACGAGGAAAAUCUGAUACCUACAUCUCGGUAAGACUCACGCGAACGUACUAUGGGUAAUAUAAUGAAAGAGACGUCUUUGUACGCGAUCUAUUGCACGGUUUGCAAUCCUAUCGAGGUAGCUGAUACAAACAUUCAGAAUUGACCAAAUAAUCUUGAAGAAUACAUAUCGAAAGAGAUUCGAAUAUCGGAUAACAUGCAGCAACCAAAUUCCUUCGUUUAGACAUUCCAUUGUGUUCUGAAUAUAUGACAAAAUAUAUAUCAUAUGUGAUAUGAAAAUCUAUAAAAGAAAUAUAUCAAGUUUAUCACUGCCCAAUUUUCAGAGAUUCCAUUUAUCUUGUAUUUAUCUUUGAAAGACGUCGUAAAAGUACGUAGGAAAAAAAAAUUUAAUAAAACUGAAAAUAAAUUCUGACAAACCGGAAGUUUUAUUGAAGUAAUGUUAGAUUUCUGGAAAGGGAAAAAAACGUAUAUACACGUAUUCCAGAUUUGUAUUAUAAUUUACAUCGUAAUAAAAGAAAGCCAAAGGAAGA